AUGGCUCUGAAAGCCAGAGCACCCAUUAUGACAACUGUAAACUCUGAUGAGAAAAAUGAAAAAUCACAGCGAAAAAAGCAGAAGCAGCCCGGCAAGCAGAAGUGUGUGAUGGAGAGGAAGUACAGAGGAGUGAGGAGACGGCCAUGGGGAAAAUAUGCAGCAGAGAUCAGGGACUCAAAUAGGAAUGGUGUCAGAGUGUGGCUUGGGACAUUUAACUCUGCAGAAGAAGCAGCCAUGGCUUAUGACAAAGCUGCCUUCAAUAUGAGAGGCUCUCGGGCUAUUCUCAACUUCCCUAAUCAAUUUGUCUGCAGAUCAUCCGAAGAAACAGGAAGCCCCAAUGAAUGUUCUGAAAUAUGUAUCUCAUCAUCUUGUCUUGAAGAAAGUUUCAGUGCCAACUCAUCGUCAUUGGGCAGGAGAUCAUACGAGAGACAGAGUUCAAGUGUCAAUGAAUCGGGCAGCUCAGAUCAGAGCCAAAAUGAGAAUAGUGAUGAAUUGAAUAAGAUGAACCAGAGUGGUGACAUUAAAGAGGGCGUGAUAGAAUUGGAGGUUCUUAGUGUGGAUUACUUGGAGGAUCUGCUGAUAGCAUACACAUCUGAGAACAGUUUACCUGUAUUCUCAGACUUGUGA